AUGUCAUCAAGCACAGCACUUAAAGAUCAUUCUAGUCCUCUUCCAGUGUGUGACACGUGCUUCUCUCGAAAGGUCCGUUGUGACAGAGGCAAUCCAUGUGGUAACUGCCAGGAUAACAAUACCACAUGCUCUCGUCAGCGAGUCACGAAGCGAGGCAAAAACAGCAGCCAGCUGGCCGUGGUGAAAAACAGAAGUCGAACGCGUCCAAAAUCAAAAUCACCACAAGCAACUCCAACUCCUCAAGAUCCGCAUAUUUCUCCACCGGGACUGCACGAUUAUUCCGCAACUACACCCAACACAUUUCCUAGGCUGGACUAUCAACAGUCUCAUGGAGAGUCUCCGGGUUCCGAUAAACCUCUCUCGCUUCAUGAUGCUCACGCCACCAUUCAGUAUCACCUAGACAAUCUGAAAUGGCUCACCAUCAAUCGCCGCCAGAUCUUGGAAUCGGGGUUGGGCCUUGCUUCUCAACUCUCAGAGAAUUUCGAGGAUCCCGUGCAAGUUGUCAGUGACAUCACUAUCAAUGAAGAGCAAAUAAGAACACCUUCGUUUGAAUUAUUAAUCUGGAUGUUAAAAGACAUCAGGGAGGCAAUCUUUGGUUCAUUUGUUAGGGAUUACUUCAGACAUAUAUCCGAAGCAACACUCAAGCAAAUGGGACUAAAUCUCCUUCAUAGGACCGGAUUGCCUCACGACCUGCUCAUCAGCACUGUCUGUGUCAAUUCCAUGGCCUCUAAGUUUCUAACUGCCAUCACCGCCACUGGUAUCGACAGUGAACUGAUCCACGAAAUGACACAUAACGUAGCCCAAUUCCAGGCGGCAGCAAAAGUAGCUCUUCGGAGCAUCUCUCUUUUAACGAGUCCUUCGCUGGGACUCUUACAGGCUCUUCUUUCCGGUAUAUUCCUCCAUCAAGGAUCCGGCGACAUCACUGUAUGCUGGGAGCUUAUCAAAGCUGCGUGUAGGGUAUGUAUGAGUCUAGGUCUUGACACUAUCAUGAAGUCAGGAGGCACUGUGAGUGAAGAACAGUAUUACUGUGUCGCUUGGUGCUAUAUUCUGGAUAAGAAUUUUACUUUCAAGAUCGGAAGAUCCCACCCUUUACUUGAUAUUGAAAUUGGACACUUCAUUUCCAACCAUCAGCAUCCCAUCUCGGAUCUCUUUCAAAUUUACAUGAGUCUUGCUAGAGUACAGGCUGCUCUCCUGCCAUACCUUAGGGGACGCUCAUCGAUUUUGACAGGUGGUCUAUCUUCUUCCCAUGGAAUUGGGAAACUUUGGUUGGUGAAUAUGCAACAAAUCCAAGAGAGGAUUGUGCAUAUUUCGAGUCCAUAUCCGGACUGGAGAGGGCUGGAUGCUCAAUCUGAAAUAUCAGCUCUCCAAUUCGCCUAUCACUCGAUUAUGACCACCAUCUUCCAUAUCACUGAGGGUGCAGGAGACCAGCCUAUUGAUAUACGGAAACAGUGUUUAUUAAAAGCCCACCAGGGUAUAUCUUCACUAGUUUCGAUAUGUAUAUCUGCCGAAAGGCAAAACACAGUGGCCUUGUUGCACUGGACACUUCUCGUCUACCCGAUCACCGCAUACUUCGUUCUAUUCUGCAAUGUCAUCGCAACAUCAGAUACCGACGACUUCAAACUCAUGACCACGAUUACCGAUUGCUUGACCCGCAUUGAAACAACAAGCCGUCCAAUUAUUCAAAUACGAACGAUCUUCCGGCGCUUUUUAUCUCUCGCCGGAGAAGUUUUCGACAAUGAGUCAAAUGCAACGGUUUUAAGCCAAGAUCAUCAAGUACAGUCUCAGUCAACUACAUUGCAACCUUGGAUGCCAGACGACCUAUUUCUACCUUUGACGGCCGACGCUGUCUCUCCUUUCUCCCCGUCUUUACUGGCUGGGAUGGAGGAUUUCUCUGAGAUACCCUUUUUUCCGGAGGAUGAGACGUUUAUACCCUUUAGCUAUCAUUUUCCUGAUUUCGGAAAUGAUCCUAGCAUCUGA